CAGCAACCUUCAUUUGUUGCUAAUCUGCUAUUAAGAAACAAAGAUGAGUUUAACCAAUAUUGCCACUAAAGAAGACGUGAUGGCGUGGGACCCAAAAAAGUUAGCAGACUACAUGAGACAGCUCAAGUUAUUCGGCUGUGACAAUGUAGUGUUGAAGAGGGGCAUAACUGGAGCACAAUUUCUGCAAAUGAUCCAGCGUGAUCUUCAAGUGUUCCCAAUCACUUAUGUCCCAAUACUUACAAAAAUUCAAAGAGAUCUCAAUAGGCAAGAAAAAAAGAAGUGUUUUGGUUCCAAAUCUAUGAAAAGGAAUCAUUUGACAGAAGUGCAUGGUGAAAAAGUCUGGGAUGAGCUUGACAGUGAAAGUGACUAUGAGAAGUUUAAUGAGGAAGCAAGAGAUGGAAACUACAUUGUUCCUCUUACUGAGCCACUCACAAAAGAUAAUCUGCAUAAUGCCAAAGAAAGAGAAGAUCACAGGCUUCCUCCAGUCUUUUCACUGCCUCAACUCCAUAGGGUUUCUAAAGUUUCCUCCCUUCCCACAGCUCACUCAUCUAAUUUUCAACGGGCCGCAAAUAAGAAGCCAGAAAAACCUCCGGUUCCCCAGAGAGUCUUUUCGCGCUUAACAGAGGGCAGUGUUGCUUUGGAUGCUGGCUCACUUACCAGAAGGCGCCCACUACCAAUAGUCCCGCAGCUACAUGUGUCUAACAGGGGAAAUAAUAUAACUCCACAUGUUCCUGUACCAAUAUCAGACGUUCUGUCAAUUCAAUCAAUAAGAACAGGACAUAUUAAUAAACAAAAUGUACAGGUAAAAUGGUAGUGAUUUAUAUUGAAGUUACUUACACAAAAAAAGCAUUUUCAGUGUCAAAACAGCAGAUGGCGAUGUUGUACAAUACAACACUAAAAAUCUUUUCCGAGUCUGAUACAGAACUUACAAACACCUUUAUAUUAACAAAUCAGGUUGCUGUCAUUAUACAUGCUACAUAUUCUGUCUCUACUACUGCAAAAAUAUCAAGCAGAAAUCUAAAAAACGUUUUGUGCUUUACUGUGGGUUUUCUCUCACUGUAAAUCCAGGGUUUGGAUCCCAGCUGGUACAAGGGAAAGAUAACUCGAGAACAGGCUGAAGUUUCUCUCAGGGAGGUGAACAAGGUCUGAUGCUGCACCAUU